GCAAGCUUUCGGAACUGGUCAGCUCAGCCUUGCACGGUCACGAUAGUUGACUGGUUACUUAUUCGGAGCUCACCCCGAAGCUGCCCAGCGCUCGCUAGCCCUGUGGGAAACGGCGGUAUGGGGACGGGGGCGGAGGAGAAGCUGAAGCGAACAUACACCUAACCCUGAAUACCUUAAUCUCAUUUUUUUCUUCAUUUUUUUCCCUGGAAACGCAGUCGGAUACCCGUCAGAUUCAUCUGAGAUGGCUUUCGCAUUGCGCGUCCGCCGCGCGCUCCCGCGGCGUAACCCCUUCACACAUGCACCACCAGCCCAAACCCGGGCCUACACGCAGUACCUCUCCCGGCCGGUGCAGAUCUACCGCUCCACCUCCACGGACCCCUACCUGAACCUCUCCAUCGAGCACCACCUCCUGCAGCGCUCCCACCCGGACUCCACCGUCCUCUUCCUCUACACCAACCGGCCCAGCGUCGUCAUCGGCCGCAACCAGAACCCCUGGCUGGAGGUCAACCUGCACCAGCUGCGACAGGGGCUGCCACCACCACCAUCACCACCACCAAAAGGAUCAGCAGACGACCCGCCGUCACCUGACAGCGAGCAGGAGGCCCGCCGCACGCCGAUCGCGCUCGUGCGCCGCCGCUCCGGCGGCGGCACCGUCUUCCACGACGUCGGCAACGCCAACUGGGCCGUGAUCUGCCCGCCGGCGGCCUUCGACCGCGACCGGCACGGCGAGAUGGUGGCGCGCGCGCUGCGCGCGCUCGGCGUCGCCGGCGUGCGCGUCAACGAGCGCCACGACAUCGUCAUGGACGUCAACGACGACGGCCACGAGGAGGAAGGCCGGGCCAGAGAGGACGGGCGGGCCGGGACUGGGAGUGGGACGUUCAAGGUGUCCGGGUCGGCGUACAAGCUGACGCGGACGCGCUCGCUGCACCACGGGACGUGUCUGCUGCAGUCGGCGAACCUGGGCCGCGUGUCGGGCCUGCUGCGGUCGCCCGCCGAGGGGUUCAUCAAGGCGCGCGGGGUGGAGAGCGUGCGCAGUCCGAUCCGGAACGUCGGCGUCGGCGGGGAGGUGUUCGCGGACGCGGUGAUGCGCGAGUUUCGGCGGAUGUACGGGGAGAGCGCUGGGGAGGGCGGGGUGGUGGUCAUCGGCGAGGCCGAGGCGUUGGCGGCUGAGGAGGUCGUCCGGGGCGUCAGGGAGCUUAGGUCGCCCGACUGGAUCUUCGGCCAGACGCCGCAGUUUACCUUCUCGACGCACCCGACCGAGGAGGAUCCGCGGGAGCGUCCGCCGAUGGCGGACUUUUUGCCGUACGGUGUGAGUUUACAUCGUGCAUCUCCCUUUCCACCCGCCCUCGAGCCCCCAGCCUGACGAGACAUGCUCCAGUUCCGUGCACAAUUCACCGUGCGCCACGGCGAGAUCCAAUCCGCUGCUCUCGCCGGUCUCGAGUACCACGACUUUGUCGACGAGGC